AUGUGUUUCCAGCAAGCAGCGCAUGGAGCCUUGCUGCAACUAGACGAUCAAGAUCCGGCCAGCAAGGCAUCGAACAUCGCAGAGAUAAAGAAAUAUGCAAAGAGGUUUGACUUGGGUUUGAUCCAGGUGAAUUCCGUGCCGCAUAAGAGAGAAAGCUUGAAAGGUACCUCCACGUACAGCUUCAUCGUCUGUCCAGACGGGUUCUCGAAGUUGAGUGAGAACGAAGUGGCGUCGAGCUGCGCCGACUUGAACUUGACCUGUCCAGCUGGCUCUUAA